CUUGUGCUUAUCUUUCUACAGUUUUGUUAAGGGAACAAAACCAUUUAUUCUUAAACAACGUGAAUUUUGAUCUAUGUCUUAUUAAGGUUUGAGAAAGACGGGUAAAUUUAAAGAAAUGCUGAUGGGGUAAAUCAUUUCAAAUAUGAAGUACCGCAUCACUAGAACAGAAGUUUUAAGUUUUGUUUAUCCUCCUUGAUGGUUAUUUUUGCAUAAUUUAUCAUCUUCAAGCGUUCUGGUUUUUUCCUUAUAAGAAUCUUUAUCUAAAGUCCAUUGAAAGUGAAAAUGUUUUCCACAUUUCCAUCUAAUUGUUGUAUCUAAUCGGGAUUUUGGUCAUAGUUCGGGGAAAAAAAUCAAUGGGAUUCGAUCAAUUUUUAGUUGUCAAAGAUUCAGAUCGGAUCUGGAUUAUACGAUCUUGGUCUGUUCAUAAAUUCUCUCUUCCUGCAAGCGGCAUUCUCUAUAAUGUUGCAGAAAUCAAGUAAAAUAUUGGGACUUGUAUUGUUUACUUUUUUCUGCCAAAUAUGGACCCAUCGGAUUUUCUUAUUACUAGCUUCUUUGCUUUUGAAUAAACAUUGUUUGUUGUUUAUUAUGUGUGGAUGUCCACCGUAGGUGCCAAAUGUUUUGAGGUUCAUGGCGUUCUUCAAAACAGUGAUUGCAAAAUUGGCGACAGAGGCUACAUCUAACAGAUGCAAUCCUUUUAUAACUUUUGUUUUGGGUGGUCCUGGCAGUGGGAAAGGAACCCAAUGUGUGAAAAUUGCUGAAACUUUCAGAUUUGCACAUCUGAGUGCUGGUGAUCUGUUGAGAGAGGAAAUGUCCUCCAAUAGUGAAAAUGGAACAAUGAUCCAUGACAUAAUCAAGGACGGGAAGAUUGUUCCUUCAGAAAUAACCGUCAACUUGCUAAGGAAAGCGAUUCAUUCAAGUGGGAACCAUAAGUUUCUAAUUGAUGGUUUUCCUCGAAAUGAAGAAAAUCGUAUUGCUUUCGAGAGGAUUGUUGGGGUUGAACCAGAUAUUGUGCUCUUUUUUGACUGCCCUGAGGAGGAGAUGGUUAAACGAGUACUAAACCGUAAUCAGGGAAGAGUUGAUGAUAAUAUUGACACAAUGAAGAAACGUCUCGAAGUGUUCAAGAAACUGAAUCUUCCUGUAAUAGAUUAUUACUCUGCAAAAGGAAAAGUUUGCAAGAUUAAUGCAGUAGGAACUGUGAAUGAGGUUUUUGAAAAAGUUCAACCAGUCCUUGCUGCCUUGAGGAUAUGAAACGCAAUGAAAUGCUUGAAGUUUUUAAGACGUGAAGGGACAGUCCUAAAUUUUGUCAGUUAUAGCCAUUGUGGUUGUUCAUCUGUUUCCUCAGAUUUUUACGAGGAUUUGCAAAUGAUCCCAUUCCCAUGUUCUUUUCCUUUCUUUUCGAAAGUAAAAAUUCUGCUCGUGUCCUAAAAGAAAAAUUAUUGGAUACUAAACUUCAAGGUGUUUAGACACCCAAAAGAAAGGGGACCAAAAAGAAAAAAAAAGAGAAUUAGGUAGCACUUAGCAAGAGAGGGUGCUUGCUUUAUAAUGGCAAUGUUGAGGAACUGUAUAACCUUUUGUUUCGGGCUUGAUAUGAGAAUUUAGUGUGACCUUUCCCGUGAGAAUUUUAAUGGCAAUUUUGUUUUCCGUUA